AGGGACUUCCAAAGGCUGCACACAAGUUUCCGCUUUUGCGUCCGCCGUCCCAGUUGAACAAUGCUUCUCGGAGCUCUCGCUGUGUUGAUAACGUUAUUCAGCCUCAUCGAAACCAAGCAAAAAGACUUUUACACGUUCAAAGUAGUUAACAGCAGAGGGAGACUAGUGUCCCUGGAAAAGUACCGGGGUUCGGUGUCUUUGGUGGUCAAUGUGGCCAGUGAAUGCGGCUUCACUGAGGAACACUAUACAGAUCUACAGCAGCUCCAACGGGACUACGGGCCCUACCAUUUCAAUGUGCUGGCCUUCCCCUGCAACCAGUUCGGUCAGCAAGAGCCUGGCAGUGACAAGGAGAUCGACAAUUUUGUACGCAGAAUCUAUGGGGUCUCCUUUCCUCUCUUCAGUAAAAUCGCUGUUGUUGGAGUGGGAGCCAACAAUGCUUACAAAUACCUCGCAGAGUCAGCUGGAAAGGAGCCUGACUGGAAUUUCUGGAAGUAUCUUAUUGAUGUAAAUGGAAAGGUUGUUGAUGCUUGGGGACCAUCUGUUUCUAUCAAAGAAAUCAAACCCAAAGUAGCUGAAAUGGUGCGUCAAAUCAUCUUAAAGAAGAAAGAAGAGCUUUAACCUCCGAAAUUUAAGACAACAAAAUAGUACAUGCCACGACAUAGUAGUCUAUAUGAAUUGAGUUCAGUGCUAUGUGAGCCAUAUGUUCGGAGAGUGAAACAUGAAAAAAUAUAUAACUCGGUCACUAUGUUUUUAUGUACAUUACGAUCUGUGUAAGGACAAAACAUUAGACGUGAGUCGUGAUGGGGGGGAAAAAUGUCUAGCUGCCUUUUAAAAGCACUGCUUUGAGAAAAUGACACAAAAUGCCACUUUUUUAUGUAUGAUGUUGAAUUUAAUAAUGGGUGUUUGUCGCUAUUGUUAGCCACAGUGAUGCCCAGAGUCUCCUGUGUGCUGCACAAGUCAUGGGACUUGCGUGUGUUUGCUGUUUAUUCAUAUCAGUUUCUUUGUGGAAGAAACCUCAAAUAAACAGAAUGAGAA